AAACGCGUAGAAGCGAUUGACUGAUGCCACCGAGGCAAACUGUGAUAGAAGCGUGGGACUACAUUGAGGAGGCGGAGGGGUAUGAGAAGUAAAAGGCCUGCCUGCUCUAGCUUCUUUUUUCCUCGGCGGAGGCCAUGAUGGGAGCCUGAGCUCAGCUGGAGCGACAAAAAGAAAGAUGAUUCCCCGGGACGGAGCUGUCAAAGCAAUCUGUGCAUUUUGCUGAUUUUUGUAUAGUCUGUACACAUCUACGGUGGAGCCUGUCACUUUUCUCCUCCAGCAAUGUUCUCUGCCGGCGAUCCGAGACAAUGUUGAAUCGUUAGGAGCCUUUUCUGGAUCGAAAGAAAGGAAGCUAGCUGUUGUAACUAGCUAGACAGCUAGCUAGCUAGCUACCGAGCUAGCAAGCGAGCCCACCAGUCCCAGUGGUUUUAUUUGGGGGGUGGGGGGGUUCUCGCGCCGUCAUUCAGCCUCAUCUUUGGACCGAACUUGACAUUUUCGAGGCGUGUUUUUGUGGACGGCUGCAUGUGUUUGACCGGGAAAUAUUGGCAAGAUCGGGAUCGGGGAAAGUGGGCCCUGCACCGAGGAGAAGCAUAGCGAAGGCCCGUCUUUAUGCUCCGGAGGAACCCUGUCUAAUCCGAGCCACAGCCACUGUUAGCUCGCCCAGAGCCGCCGAGCAGACUACCUUUAAAACCCGCACAAAACAAAAGCUGCUUUCAUCAUUGACUUGCUAUAGACUCCUGUCGGCCGCUGCAAUGACUGCCAUUAUUAAGGAAAUUGUCAGCCGGAACAAAAGGAGAUACCAGGAGGACGGCUUCGACCUGGACUUAACAUACAUCUACCCAAACAUCAUCGCCAUGGGCUUUCCUGCCGAGCGACUUGAAGGCGUGUACAGAAACAAUAUAGAUGACGUAGUACGGUUCUUGGACUCCAAGCAUAAAAACCAUUACAAAAUCUACAACCUCUGCGCAGAAAGACACUACGACGCUGCCAAAUUUAACUGCAGAGUUGCACAGUACCCCUUCGAAGACCACAACCCCCCUCAGCUGGAGCUCAUCAAGCCCUUUUGUGAAGACCUGGACCAGUGGCUCAGUGAGGACGACAAUCACGUGGCAGCCAUCCACUGUAAGGCCGGAAAGGGCCGCACCGGAGUUAUGAUCUGCGCCUAUCUCCUGCACCGCGGCAAGUUCCUGGAGGCCCAAGAAGCGCUGGACUUUUAUGGAGAAGUCAGGACAAGAGACAAGAAGGGCGUGACCAUCCCGAGCCAGCGCCGCUACGUCUACUACUACAGCUACCUACUGAAGAACCAGCUGGAGUACAAGCCCGUGGCGCUGCUCUUCCACAAGAUGGUGUUUGAGACGCUCCCCAUGUUCAGUGGGGGCACCUGCAGGGACAGUACCGUUAAGAACAGGAGCGAGCCGACCCCCCAGGGCUUCAGGAAAGGGAAUUGGCAUUGGGAUCCCCAGUUUGUGGUGUACCAACUCAAAGUGAAGAUCCACACGUCCAACCCCACCCACACUCGGCGUGAGGACAAGCACAUGUUCUUCGAGUUCCCGCAGCCGCUGCCUGUCUGCGGCGACAUCAAGGUGGAGUUCUUCCAUAAGCAGAACAAGAUGAUGAAGAAGGACAAAAUGUUUCAUUUCUGGGUCAACACCUUCUUCAUCCCCGGGCCGGAGGAGAACCCGGAGAAGCUGGAGAACGGUGCCGUGAACAACGUGGAGAGCCAGCAGCAGCAGGCGGGGGUCGGCGGGGGCCAGUGCCAGCCGCCGAGUGCCGAGUGCAGGGAGGGCGACAGGGACUUCCUCAUCCUGACGCUGACUAAAAACGACCUGGACAAGGCCAACAAGGACAAAGCUAACCGCUACUUCUCGCCCAACUUCAAGGUGAAGUUGUAUUUCACCAAAACGGUGGAGGAGCCUUCCAACUCCGAGGCCAGCACGUCCACAUCGGUCACGCCGGACGUUAGCGACAACGAGCCGGACCAUUAUCGAUACUCUGACACCACUGACUCUGAUCCGGAGAACGAACCUUUCGAUGAAGAGCAGCACACGCAGAUCACCAAGGUGUGACCUCUGCACGCCCAACCAAGGCCGCAGGAGUGAUGGACCAGGAGAGGAGAAAACUUGAAUAGAAAGCUUGUCCCGCCCCCCCCCCCCCCCCCCCCCCACGGCGUCAGAGGCCAUGUUUGUUGGCAGGGCCGUCCAGGAAAGGUGGCGUAUGUGUGGUGUGUAUAUGUACAUAUAUAUAUAUGCUGGAUGUGUGUACACUACACGUGCUUCUCCGCCAGAAAGACAAUGAAGGAGCAGCACAAUCACACUUGAAGGAUCUGCUGGGACGACGCUGCUCCUCGUGUGGAAAGCAAGGCCAGUGCUGCACUCCUCAUCCUCAUCUUUUAUCUUCAUCCUCCUUACUGUGAAUGCUUCUCGUGCUCUUUGCAGGCUGGUCACAUGACUUUUGGCCUCUGCAGCGCAAACUGCAUGCAGGCCCGGGUUUUAUUGGGGGAGGUGGGGGUUGUGAAGAUGUCUACAAAGCAUUGCCAUUCCUCUUCCCACUGUGUAUACCUUUAAAUUAUGCAGAACAAGGCAUCCCGUGUAAUUGUUCAUCUUUUUUAUCCUAAGAGAAUAAAAUAUCAUACACAAAA